UAGAGCAGAAGAAAGACUCUGAGGCUAUGCCUGGGCAGCCGAGUCCAGGAGCCCGCAUGCUGAAGUGUAACAGAGAGGAAACGAUAAAUCUCUGCUACUAUGCAAUAAAUUGCUCCUGCUUUAGCUAAGGAAGCAUUUAGAUUCCCUGAAAUAAUCUUUUUUUUUUUUUUUAAAGGGCUUGCUAUUAUUUUCUGAAUCUUCUUCCCUUUUUCUUUAGUUUCUAAUUCCCCAAAGAAAUCCUUAAAGGCAAGGCAAAUAUUAGAAAGAAAGGGAAAGGAAGGAAAAGGAACAAGGAGAGGGCUUGGAUAAAGGUGUCAAGAGCAGGAAAGAAGAGGGCUAGUAACAUGACCAUUUUCUUCUGGUCUGUGUUCCUCGCUUCUCUUCUGAAGCCCAUAAGCUGCAGUAGUCCACGCCGGGCUCCGGAGUCCAGCGCACGAAGGUACAAUCGGAUUCAGCACGGCCAGUGCACCUAUACGUUCAUACUUCCUGAACAGGACGGGAACUGUCGUGACAGCGCCUCUGACCAAUACAACGCCAAUGCGCUCCAAAGGGAUGCCCCCCACAUGGAACCAGAUUUCUCCUCCCAGAAGCUGCAGCGGCUGGAGCAUGUCAUGGAGAAUUACACUCAGUGGCUGCAAAAGCUGGAGAACUACAUUGUGGAAAAUAUGAAGUCAGAAAUGACCCAGCUGCAGCAGAACGCUGUCCAGAACCACACGGCCACCAUGCUGGAAAUAGGAACCAGCCUUCUCAGUCAGACAGCAGAACAGACAAGAAAGCUCACAGAUGUGGAAACACAGGUUCUUAAUCAAACAUCCCGGCUUGAAAUUCAGCUGCUGGAAAAUUCCUUAUCUACUUACAAACUGGAGAAACAAUUGCUCCAACAGACCCAUGAAAUCUUGAAAAUCCAUGAGAAAAACAGUCUAUUGGAACACAAGAUCCUUGAAAUGGAAGAAAGGCAUAAAGAGGAACUAGAUACGUUAAAAGAGGAAAAAGAGACCUUGCAAGUUUUGGUGUCUCGUCAAAGCUACAUUAUCCAAGAACUAGAGAAGCAGCUAAGUAAAGCAACAACCAAUAACAGCAUUAUGCAGAAACAACAACUUGAACUCAUGGACACUGUCCAUAGCCUGGUCAGCAUUUGCUCUAAAGAUGGAGUUUUGCUAAAGAAUACAAAAAGGGAAGAAGAGAAGCCAUUCAGAGACUGCGCUGAUGCAUAUCAAGCUGGUUUUAAUAAAAGUGGCAUCUACACGAUUUAUGUUACUAACAUAUCAGAACCUAAAAAGGUUUUUUGCAACAUGGAGACUGCAGGAGGAGGCUGGACAGUAAUACAACACCGAGAAGAUGGGAGCCUAGAUUUCCAAAAAAGUUGGAAAGAAUACAAAAUGGGUUUCGGUAGUCCCUCUGGUGAAUAUUGGCUGGGAAAUGAGUUUAUCUUUGCAAUAACCACCAGUCAAAAACAUUACUCUCUAAGAAUCGAACUAACGGAUUGGGAAGGAAGCCGGGCUUAUUCACAAUAUGAUAGAUUUUACAUAGGAAAUGAAAAACAGAAUUACAGGCUGUAUCUAAAGGGUCAUUCUGGAACAGCGGGGAAGCAAAGCAGCCUGAUAUUACAUGGUGCUGACUUUAGUACCAAAGAUGCCGACAAUGACAAUUGUAUGUGCAAAUGUGCUCUUAUGCUAACAGGAGGCUGGUGGUUUGAUGCCUGUGGCCCUUCCAAUCUUAAUGGGAUGUUUUAUUCGGCUGGGCAGCACCAUGGAAAAAUAAAUGGGAUCAAAUGGCAUUACUUCAAAGGCCCAAGUUAUUCGUUACGUUCCACAACUAUGAUGAUCCGUCCCUUGGACUUUUAAAGAGCCAACAGGAUAGUGGCCAUAUUCUGAAGGACAUCUUGUAUAAUCUUCAGAAGCAGAAGGUGGGAACUCCCUGAAAGUACCAAAUGCCAACAUCCCAGCCUUUGUCAGAUCUCAUUUCACUGGCUGCAGUAUAUAAACAGGGACAGGUGAAAAUGUGGUUUAUGGACAAGAAAAAAUAGCUUUUGUGGCUAUUCAGUGGACAACAUUAAGGUUCAGUUGCCACAAAUAAACUGGGAUCUUUUAGCCAAAGCCUUUUUUUUUGUUCUUUUUUGUUGUUUUUUGCUUUGAUCAAGAGGAAUUUUUAAAAUAUAGGACAUGCAAACCAGAUGGCGUUUUGAAAAGCAGAAAUAGAUGGGAGAAGACAUUUGUCCAUCACAAACAUGGUAUGAAAUCUAUGCAGAAGCACAGCUGCUAUUUAUUUGUAGUCCCUUAAAAAUGCAAGUAGGACCUCUCAACCUGACAUCAGCAAGCAUGAUUUAGACGGAAAACUUCUCUUUAAUACCAGAUCAAUAUAACAUGUAGGAGUCAUUUCUCAUUAAGCCCGUUUCAAACAUGAAAUAUUCUCCUUCUAAAGAGACAAUGACUCAAGACGGACAGAAAAUGAUAAGAGCAAUGUGCAGAGAAUUGUCAGUUGACCUGUGUGGCUAGGCUGAAAGGUGGCAAUCCAGAUAAUUCGCCAAAUCCUUCACCUAUAAUUGAUAGCAUGAUAACAAAAGGAAUCAUAGGUUUUUCUUUCUGACUGCUCCAGCUUUGCUUCACUUCAUACGACAUUGCAGGGUGAAUAUCAUAUGAAAAAGAAGAAAAAGCAGAGCCCUUUUUUAAAAAGGCAAAAUCAAGGUUAUUUGUACAUGGGUUUUCUUCUUAAAUUACACAGAUACAGAAAAUAUGCAAAUAGCAUAACCAUAUGUUAACUGGAUUGGGUUUAUCAAACAGUGUUGCUGGUAGGCAUAUGUACAUGUAAAUGUUACCACUAAACUGAUAAACUUUCAUAUCUGUAAUUCAUCCUUCAUUUGACAGAGUUGAACAGAAAACUACAAGGUCUUUCCUGUCCUUCAUUUACCUGUGGACAGUGGGCUGGAAAUUAACGAAUACAAGAUAAGAAAGAAAUGAUGGUUACAGAUUGUAAAUGCCAUGAGUGGAAAGUAGUUAUAUUUGAGUGGAUUAAAUUAAAUGAGAAAAGAAGGCUCCUAUUUAAUAUGAGUAGGUCUGAAGUGUAGUUCCCUGGAUCGUGACCUAGAUGAUAUGCACAGUCUUGACUUCAGAAGGUUCUAAGAAUGUGAGUUACUGUUUUCUCUACUUAACUUGUUUCCCGCACAAGCAUAUCCAAAAUUCCAUGUGCAUUCUAAUGAAUGCUGAAAACUAGUUCAGAUAUUUGGCCCAGGUGAUAAGCCUCUUCACUGAUAUUUCAGCUUCCUAUGUAUGUCUAACAUUAGACACAUCACUGUAUGUAUAAUAUUAGAGCAGUGUUUUUCAGCCUUGGCAACUUGAAGAUGUGUGGACUUCAACUCCCAGAAUUCUCCAGCCAGCAAUUCCCCAGUUGUCAAAGUUGAGAAACACUGUGUUAGAGGAACAUUGGAAGCUGAAUCAAACCAUUGACUCAUCUCACUCCUAUUUUUAUGGUUUCAGACAAGCAUAGACUUUGCCAGUAGGCUGUGGUACAUCAUUUAUAUGUCACAUGUGUGCUGAUCAUUUACAUAUAAUCACGAUACUACUUUUUUUUAUCUGUAUUCCAUUUUUCUUGGGAGGAUUAUAUAAAUGUGUUGAUUCAGCAACAUAUACGUACGUGCCUCUAUAUACUUCCUCAACAUAAAGAGGCUUACCAUAAGCAAAAUACAGAAUUAUAAUUUAGAGCUCUUAUGCAUUUGGUCUUUUCAUUGAAAUUAAAUGGGAAACUACGCACCUGGAACUCUUAUGGUUCUAUUUCAAGUGUUGAUGUGUUGUGAAAAAGGAUGUGCAUUCAUGUCACUAAGCAAAUUAUAUCAUUUGCACACACUAAGUAAAGAACAUUUAUUGCAGAUAAAUUCAUUGCAUGGGAAGAAAAUCUUAAUUUCUCCUUGGGAAAGAUAAAUGUUUCAACAAUUUCUCAAAGGCAGGACUUCCCAUCAUCUACUGCUGAAAGAGUCUAGUGGGAGGAAUUAACUCACAAUGCCUUCCCCUAAAAUUUAAUAGAAAUACAGGAAGUCAGGGAGGCUACAAACUGCUGGAAAGAUGAUUAUAUAGGGGGAAAAAAGGACAUUCACAUACACACCUCUUGGCCACUGUGUAAUAAGGGCAGAGAUGCCAAAUUCCACCCAUGAGAAUUUUUUUAAAAAUUCUCUUCUGUGAAAAAAUUCUGAAGCAUCAGAGCAAAUGAGAACUGGUUGGGAAAAAAUUCAGCAGUGUUUCUUCACCCACCAUUAAUUCAUGCAGAUUUCAGUCCGUGGAGAGAGACUAUAGUUCAGUGGUGGGCCGUAUGCUUGGCAUGCAGAAGUUCUAAGUCCUGUCCUUGGCAUCUCAUGUCUGAAAGUUCAUGAAACAAUUCAAGUGAUUCAAAUGCCUACCUGAGCUGCCAGUCACAAUUGAUAAUACUGGACUAGAUAAACUGUAUGAUCUGGUAACUUAUCUUUUUAUACUCUAUCUUUCUGAUAUAUAGGAUGAGGUUCUGGUUUUCUCAAGCUGGUAAAUCUUUGAUUAUUCUUUUGCUAUUACGUACAUGAUUGAUGGCUCUGAAAUUAAAACGUGAUUGGGUUUAACCAAUGCCUGAGCCUUUUUUAAUUAUUUUUAAUUAAUAAUUUCUGUUGUAUCUAAUACAAUGGUCUAACCUUCCUCUAAAUCCAUGAAAGUCAUCUCUUUUCCAUGUAUGGGAACAAAACAAGCAUACAUUUUUAAAACAAAAUAUGAAAGAACAAGGAUCUAUUACAGUGUUCUUUGUAACCAGGACAGUGCUCAAUUUAAGAAGAUCUUUUGUAUUUAUGUAUCUGUAUGUAUUUACAUAAUCCUGCCUAAGGGGUUAAUUUGUUGUGUUCUUCUGGUUAACUUACCCAACUUUUCUUUACUCAGUGGUUCCUUCCAACUGCUGCUUUUUCUCUCAUUCCAACAAUCUUCAUUUAUCUCCAAAGAUUGUGCUGCUUCUCAAAAGUGGCAUUUUUUUAAAGUCACCAAAUCCAGAAAGCUACUGUGCAGACUGAAUUGCAAAGGGGGAGGGGGGGAGGUAAAAAAAUAAAAAUAAACCACAAGUAUGAUAUUUACUGUUUAUUUAUCUGUUUGAAGAAAUGGGGGACAUG